AUGCUGCAUGCAAGAUAUGGUAAUGUCCCAAGAGGCUUCAGCUACACGAGACUGUUUGUGUUAGUCGCACCGGAUAUUCUUACUAGUUACCAAAUACUAGUUACCAAAAAUGAUUUCUACGAUGCUAAUAAACUCAGUUGCGCCAAGCUGAAUGCCGAUGCUGUCUCUAAUCGAAGCAUCUGCUGCAGAACUCCCGCUGCCGCAAUUUCAAUAAGCUCUCAGCUCCUCCUCCCAGUGUCAGGGAAGAUGAAGCAGUUGGAAGUGAGAAGUCAAAAACACGGAUGGAGAAAAGAAGAACAAACUGAGAUGGCUUGUUAUAUUCCUGGCGGAGUUUGGCAUUUGCGCAACCCAGCAAACCGUUCUCGAUUAAAACCGUGUCCAGCCAGCCGCAUCUGUAGCACUACCCUUGCUGUUUUAGUUGGUCUGGAAGCUACUAACUGCGUCAGUGAAACCGAGAGUGUAAAGAAGGUUGUGCCAGUGGUUGGCGGCGUAGUAGAGCUCGGGAGGCGAGACAUGGGUUGA